UGCUUCAGGUGAACCACAGCACAUUUUCACUGUGUUAGGAUUGGAAACACUGAGGCGUAACAACAUGUUCAGGAUUUCAUUAUUGGUCUUCAUUCCUCUGAUAGUUGGUAUCACAGCUAAGCCUUUGAAUAAACUUGUAGAUACAGCAUUCCAGGAAACUCUAAUGUCAAUGGAUGACAAAGACUGGGGUGUGGAGGUGGAACCUCCAGAGGACAUGGACAAGACCGAAUACAUCAUUGACCCUAGAAUGAAGAUUUGGAGUGGCCACAAAGGCAACCAAGCCCAGGAGGCUGAGGAAGACCUAGAUGAGGUACACCAUCCUUCAGUGGCUGAUCUCCUUAAAGCCCAAAGCCAGAGCCUAAAUGUUGUACCUGCUGUUGAGGUCCACGAAGAAGCUGCACCAGACACGUUCAAAACACAGCCAGAAGAAGACAAAGAUGACAUUUACCACCGUGAUUUCAGUGAGGGGGACCCAGAAGAACCUGAAAAUCAUUGGGAAGAAGUUUACCAGCAAACAAGAGAGGAGCUGGCUGUGUACCUGGCCCCACUCUCCGCUGGUCACAAAGCUGCUGAGCCAGUCCCUGGGCCCUACUCUGUGCCAGAGGAGGACGAGGAUGACGUCUAUCAUCGUGAUGAGCAGUUCUUAACUCUGCAGAUGGCGCUGCUGCAACGUGAAGUUGCAGGUGAACAGAAAGUCAAAAUGUACCUUCAACCAGAGGAGGAUAGGGAUGAAUUGUACCACAAAGACCCACCGCAGUUCAUUUUCUACCAGGAUGUUGUUAAUGACGACGCUCCCGUUGAUUUGCUUUCUCAGAGAAUGUACAGUGAACCAGAAGAAGAUCUGGAUCAUCUCUACCAUCACUGAUCAACACCAGGAGAUUCUAAUGUUUACCUCACAAGGAUCAUCUUCUGUGCCUUUUACUCUGUACAUAUCUUGGUGAAAAGGUGAUAAAAAAAAGGCUUUAAAAUUUA